UUUAAGCCACGCCCAUUUCCGGCUAGGCGUCUUAACAGUUAACAGGAAAGAUCACCAUUGUGAACGCAGCAGCUACCACAGCGACACUUCUGACUUACAGCUAGUUUGAAAUGGCUCUUUGACUCCAGCCAAAUCCCAUCAUGGCUGUCUGUCUCGUCUUUCUACUCAGCAGUCUUGGCCUUGCUAUUACUGCUCAAGCUCAAGACUGUACCAAGCCUGUUCCAGAACCCAACAUGACUUUAAAGGACAAAGACAUAGUUUUGCAAGAAUUCCCAGAUGGGACCAAAGUAACUUUUAUCUGUGGAGUUGGCUACCAGUCUGCAGGAGGGUCUGGAGCCAGUACUUGUUCUGCUGGGAAUUGGAGUCUUGUGAAGCUGCAAUGCGAGAGGAAAAACUGUGGUGCACUUGACGCUGUAAUAAAUGGUGAAAUAACUUACCCUACAUCAACCCUGUUUGGUGAUACAGCGGUGGUAAAGUGCAACGCUGGAUACAUACUGGUUGGUGGAGGUACAAUCCGCUGUGGAGACAAAGGUUGGUUGGACAGGUUGCCUGUAUGUGAAGUGUCGACCUGUCGUCCACCACCUGCGAUAGCUAAUGGCACAUUCUAUCCAGAAAAAGACGAGUAUGAAUACAACGAAGUUGUGCGUUACACCUGUCAGAAGGAUUUCACUCUCAGUGGAUUCAAAUCAGUCUCCUGUUCAGAAGAUGGAACAUUUACACCUGCAGCUCCAACAUGUAUAAAGGUUCAAUGUGAUGCACCAAAUAUCGACAAUGCCGACUUUACUGCAGGUUCUCGGUAUCCUUACAAACACCAAUCUACAGUGACACAUCAGUGCAGAACUGGAUAUAUGAUGAUAGGACAACAAACCUCUGUCUGUGGAAUAGAUGGCGAGUGGUCACCUAAACUUCUGGAAUGUCAACGGAAAAACUGUGGUGCACUUGACGCUGUAAUAAAUGGUGAAAUAACUUACCCUACAUCAACCCUGUUUGGUGAUACAGCGGUGGUAAAGUGCAACGCUGGAUACAGACUGGUUGGUGGAGGUACAAUCCGCUGUGGAGACGCAGGCUGGUUGGGCAUGUUGCCUGUAUGUGAAGAGGUUCAAUGUGAAGCACCAAAAAUCAACAAUGGCGACUUUACUGCAGGUUCUCGGUAUCCUUACAAACGCAAUGCUACAGUGACACAUAAGUGCAGAACUGGAUAUAUGAUGAUAGGACAACAAACCUCUGUAUGUGGAAUAGAUGGCCAGUGGUCACCUAAACUUCUGGAAUGUAAACCUAAAAACUGUUCCAAACCUGUCGGAGGACUCAACAUGAAUUUGAAGGACAGAAAUAUGCCCACAUUCCCACAUGGAACGAGCGUUACGUUUGUCUGUGAUGCUGGCUACGAGUCAUUAGGCUCUACAGUCAUUACCUGUACUACGGGGAAUUGGAGCCCUGUGAUGCUGAAAUGCAAGAAAUUGUCCACCCCAACUACGACAGCCAAGCCAGGUGGAGAGGAGGGUAAUGGUGGUCUAGGGAAAGGCAACGGUGGAAGCAGCACUGCUAAAACUGUGGGGAUUAUUAUUGGAUGUGUUGCAGUUCUCAUCGUGACCGUUCUCGUAAUCUGUUAUUUCAAGAAAAAGAAAAAGAAAAACUUUCAGAAAGGCACUGAUGAAUAUGAGACUACAGGUGACGGAGACUCUGUGGAGCUCCAGAGUGGUAAGCACAGCGCUGCUGUUGGUCCAACAUUACUGAAUGUGAAAACGUCUGAUUAAGAAGAGGAUCGUCACUGGACUAGUCAUCGAAUGUAUUUGUGCUAUCCAUGUCCAUGUUGAUUGCGCAGGCUCAUGGAAAGUGUUUCCGCAGAAAGACUGAGAUUAUGAAUCCUCAGCAGAACAAGCUCAAGCCUUAGCGAAUGCUCGAGGGGGGCUUCUCUGAUCAUUUACAUUUUAGCACGUCGCUCAAAACGCCUUCAUUUUAGUCUUGUAUAUUUCAAUAGAGCGAUGCCUUGUAAGCCCUCUACAUCAUCAUAACAGUUUUUCAUUGUCAGUAAUUAUGAAGGAGUGAGACCUCAUGGCCCGGUUGUUCAAAAGUAUUCCUACAGGAUUAGAGCUAUCGGAUUGGACCAGAACUUGGUUAUUAGAUAAGAUCAGUGAUCAAAUCCUGUCUUUUUAUCCGGAUCAAACCCCGAGCUUGAGUUCUUCAAAACUCUGAAGAAGGAUCCAGAUUACUUUUGAGCACAUAAAAUCUGUAUUAUCCUGAUUCCAGCAGAGGUCUUAAAAACCAUAACAUUUGUGAAACAACACAAAGUUCUUAGAGGGGAGUGGAUAUUUGAAGACAUGAUUGAUUCUAUAAAAGUCUAUAUCCAGAACAGCUUGAUCCAAUACUGUUUUACUUUGAGGAAAAAACUGGACAAACCUGAGUUGGUUCUGGAAAAAUGGAUUUCCAAGCCCAGCUCAUUUUUAUCUGGAUUGAACCUUUUGAUCAACCGGGCCCAAUAUUAUUAAAGAGACAUAUACUUGCACUAAAGCACGCAGAUCAGCUCAACUUUGCCAAUACUGCACAUUUACACAAUGACUUAAAAGAAGAAAAA